AUGUCUGAAACAACUAUUGGUUUGUUUCCAAAUGCUGGUGAUUCAUAUUUUCUUCCGCGUCUAUCGAAUAAUCUUGGUGUAUUUCUUGGUUUAACAGUUCAUCGUUUACGUAGUAUGGAUGUUGUGCAUGCUGAAUCUGAUGGAUCAUUAUUUGCUUUAAAACAACUUUCAAUUCUUAAGAAAAUGAGUCCAAUAUCGUUGAAAAUUACAUUAGUACUAUUGAAACGAGGAAAACAAUUCGAUUUAAAAGAAUGUUUAAAAAUGGAAUAUCGCAUUUUACAUUAUGCUAUAAAUGAUCAUGAUUUUUUCGAAGAUGUUCCAGCUUUUCUUAUUGAUAAAGAUAACAAACUUCAAUGA